AUGUCUACAACCGUAACGCCGCUACCGUCACGCCGACCUAAGUCCUCUCAGGAUCCCCCAGCCCAUCAUGUUGGCGCUCCGCCGACAUCCUUCAGGAACCCAUGGUCUUCGUAUUCGCGCAGUACGUUCAACAAGUUCCUCAACAUGCGGUUCAACACGCCCAAGAACUUCGUUGCUGUGCCUACCGACCGCGUAGGACUUGUUGAAGUUCGCAAGCCUGAUUUCGGAGGAGAAAACAAUGGGCUGAAGGCAACAUGGAUCGGGCAUGCAAGCUUCUUGAUCGAGACGACAAAAACGGAGGGCGCACAAAGAGGCAUCCGGAUAUUACUCGACCCCGUUUGGAGCGAGCGCGUGGGGCCGUACGGCGUGGUCGGUCCUGUUCGAUUUACGCCUCCGCCCUGUCCGCUCGAGGACCUUCCCGAAAUUGACGCUGUUUGCAUUAGCCACGACCACUACGACCACCUCGAUUCGAAUACGUUGAAGAAUCUCAACGCGAGACACCACGGGAACUUAAAGUUCUUUUGCGGGCUAGGUGUUAAGGCAGUGUUGACUGGCUUGGGUGUGGGAAUAAAAGCAGAACAAGUCACGGAACUUGACUGGUGGGACACAGUACGCAUCGAUAAAGAGGGCACCAGCAGUGUGGAAUUAGUGAGUACGCCCGCGCAACAUCGUAGUGGGAGAACACCGUGGGGGUUCGACGGCACGCUGUGGUGCAGCUGGGUUGUGAGAGAACCGUCUGAAGAGGGCAAGAGGCUCUUCUUUGCAGGCGACACUGGUUACUGUCACGUUACAUCGAACGACGAGCCUUCGCACCACAACGCGCCGCAUCCACCAUGCCCCGCCUUCGCAGAGAUUGGGGAUCUUUACGGACCCUUCGAUUUGGCUCUACUACCGAUUGGCUGUUACCAGCCGCGAUCGCUCCUCUCCCCCCAGCAUGCUUCGCCGGAUGACUCGAUUGCUAUUCAUCAUGAUGUGAGAAGCAAAAAGAGUAUUGGCAUGCACUAUGGCACUAUCAGAGGUGGCAUCAGUAUGAAUUACGAACCGGUCACAGAGCCAGCGCAACGUUUCCAGAAGGCCGUUGAGGCUGCAGGUUUGCGAUGGGGCAAGGAUGUUGGCUUAUGUGACAUUGGGGAAACGGUCGUCGUCUGA